AUGAACUCGUUACUCUCAUCAUAUGACACCGAAUUUAAGACAACGUUUGAUCAAGCAGAACAAGCUUUACAAACAGCUAAAAAUCAAUCCUUACCUGAACGUAAUUCCACAUUAAGCCACAUAGAAGAACAAAAAGAUGAAUUAUUUGAUAUUAUUGAUCAAAUGGACAUUGAAGUAAAUAAUUCUAUCAAUGAUCCAACUGCACGUGCGACAUUUAAAUCUAAAUUACGUGAUUAUAGAAAACAAAUUAAUGAUUCAAUAAAGGCACCUUUACAAAAUUUAAUGGAUUCUAGAGAUCGUGAUAUGUUAUUUGGUGAACAAUUACAAGAUGGUUCUGAUCUAGAUAUGUCAAAUAUGAAUGAAGAACAAAGACAACAAUUACUGGCUAAUCAUAAUAUUUUAAAUAAAACAGGUGAAAGAUUAAGGGAUGCUUCAAGGAUUGCAAAUGAAACAGAAGGCAUAGGUUCACAAAUAAUGAUGGAUUUAAGAGCACAAAGAGAAACUUUGGAAAAUUCAAGACAAACUUUAUUUCAAGCUGAUUCUUAUGUUGAUAAAAGUAUUAAAACUUUAAAAGUAAUGAGUAGGCGACUUAUUGCAAAUAAAUUUAUAAGUUAUGCUAUUAUAGCUGUACUGAUCUUAUUAAUUUUAUUAGUACUAUUCUCCAAAUUUAGGUAA